AUUCUUCCAUUUCCCCCCUCCUAUUGAGAGUCAGGGCUGCUCGACGUCGCUCAAAGCCUGGGUGGGUGGGCUACUCGAUUCUUCGAGGGUUAUCGUUUUAAUCAUUCAGCGGGUCUCGCAGCAACAGAAUGACAACUACCUCUACGCGAAACCGACCAUGGGUCUCGAAAGUCCUUGUUCACGCACCCGAUCUUGAUGUUUUUUGUGUCGCCCGCCUUCGUAUCGUCCAAGGCCAAACUAUUGCGCAUGGAAAUACUGCCAACCAAGCAUCUAUCUUGCUUUCAAUCACGACAACUCUCGCUAACUCGAGCAGCAGAUCCCAGGUCCUGACUUUGAAUAUCCCUCCCGAACGAGUCGAAAAAUGCGGUCUAGCUCGGAGAAGCAACAACACUCUCUGUCCAGCUCGUCUCCUUUCCUCGCUCCCGGCGCCUGUUACAAAUGUUUCGGCCGUCUCAACAUUAAGUCUUAGCCUCGACACGGUCGGCAUCGUUCUUAGUCCAUCCGGCAUGGACUCUCUCAUACCGGCCAUACCUGGAGAUUUGGAAUUUUACUCGUUUGCCAGAAUUUGUCAAUCUAAAUUUCUCCGUCUACACUUCUCCGCACGACAGUUUGUCGAUAACGAAAUUGAUAGACUACAAGAUUUCGCGUAUGCCCUCCGGCGAAGAAGUCUUCGGGCAGUGCCUUUAAACACCGCUCGCCAUGGAGUAUGCCCGAAAGAUUGGCGUGUCUUUGCUCUGUCGCCCGAUCCACCUCCAUAUUGCCAGGAGUCCGUGUCCGAGCAGGUGGAUCCCCCCGUAUAUCAUGAGAAAAUGCUAGGAAAACGGCGCAGAGAUUCACGGUCAAUAUCACCCAACGCCGAACGGCGAAAAAGAUCGCACCGUCUUUCCCCUCGACCGAUAGGCUCUCCAACUGAAGUUGCGACUGAUGUUGCGACUGAAGUUAACACGCCGAGUAUUCGGGCUCCUUCCCGAUCACCGUCCUCGAUCCGCCUGACUCACUUUCGGCGUGCUUCCUCCCGCGACCAAACAGAGUUCCAGAGACUCGCGCAUCUGGAACACGAGCUCCGUGGUGUUUCUGAUGACCUGAUCCGUAGACUUUUAAUUCGAUCCGGCCGCGAACAUCUGCUAGCCAUACCGCAAGACGUCGACCGCCGUCUGGCACGCGAGCUCGAGCCUGUAGGCAGCUCUCUCGAGUCCGACAUGGUGAUGCUUGGGCGCCGGCUCGAACGGUACGUUGAUAAAACAAUUGAGCGUCGGCUCGCACAUUACGUCGACUGUGCCGUGGCCGAGUGUCGCGAUCAGCUCUACGACGUAUGCACCCAGAAGGAAGCCCAAUUCGAAGAAGAGAUCGACAACGGUAACAUCGAGGUACGCAACACAGUGAAUGACUGUAUGAAAGACUUGGAGGAGCAGGUACAAGGGCACAUGGUUCAGAUGGAAGAACAAGCGCAACGGUGCAUGAGGCAUAUCGAGGACCGGGCAGCCGAGAUCGAGAUCGAGAUCGAAUCGGAGAUAUCUGCGAAGAGGAAACUUUCACUUGAUGGGAAGCCAAGCGCACGUCAUGGGUUGCGUGCCCGUGUCACGCGCAAUUCCGUUUAAACUAGUACCGGUGUCGUUGAGAGCUUGUACUUGUAUUCUAUUGAAGAUAGACACCCAUCCCACUUGGAUCCGGAGACUAAAGCAUCCCUGCGUUCUCUUUCGAUCCUCCGGCAGCGUUCAUCGGUCAAACAACAGUGGCUGGAUUUGAGGCGCAGGGCGGAAAUGGGGAG